AUGGGCCUUUUGACCUUGGUGUUCACCUCAACGCCGAAUCGUUGAUCGCAUAAAUAUCGAUUAUAAGCGUUUAAUCAAAAAUUCUAACACUCAAACUGACAAUUCCAGCAUAAUGCAAUUGACAACAGUGGUUGAUGUCGAUGUCGAUGUCGACUUCGCUUCGUUUUCGCUUUCAAUUGGUUGGGAAUUGGGCUGCGUGUCACGUACGAAACGCAUUUAAUUUUCACAGAACAUGGCGAAUCGGACGUGGACAUCGGACAGUGUGGCAGUUGGGAACCGGCUGUAAUGUGGGCGAUAUGGCGGAUGAGUCGCCGGCGGACGUGGUUGUGCGGACGGAGACCAGAAACAAACAAAAACCUAUGCAAAAUAAAUCAUUAAGUGUGCGCCUAAUCGAUGUCGCGUCGAUAUAGAAGCUUCAUGUCUAUAUUCCCGGCUAUAUUCCGACUCUCGCUUUCGAGAACUUUAUAUAAAAGUGUCGCCCCCAAACGAGGCUGGAAUCAGUUGGGUCUAAAUUCGGGCCGAUCGAGAGUUCAGCAUGCAGUGUCUUCUACCCGUUAUCCUGUGCCUGUGGGCCUUCAGUCCCGCCGAAAUCGAAGCGCGUCAGAUCAGGAUCAAUCGCUAUGCAGUGAGUGUGCAGGAGGAUCAGGCGGUGGAGGUCAAGGCAGCUCCCUAUCCAGCAGCGGGCUACAGGCCACAAGGACGCGCCUUCUGGCUGCCAGGCGAAGUGGAAGUCGAGGUCCAGGAGGUGCCCAUUGAAGGAUCGGGUCGGAGGUCCGAUCAGUUGGCCUCCACAACCGAGCUGCCUCUGGAGGAGCUGCCGACCAGCACUACGGAUUCACCUGUGGACUGGAGCACCACCCCCAACUGGGAUGCCCUGGACACCACUACCUCUGCUCCUGCGGCAGCGGACUCACUAGCAAGUCGUGCCUUUGAGAAGGCUCCCUACCCGCCAGCCGGGUACCGACCAAGUCGCGCCUUCCGUCUGCCCACCGAGCAGAACCUUGAGGAGCAGCAGCAGAUCCUGGCCAGCAAUGCGACCGACAGCAAUGCCGAUCAUCCGGUCUGUGGGGUCAGCACGGAUCCCCUGAAACCCACGCCGCAACCAGGAUCCAAGGAUGAACCCGAUGCGGAGAGUGUGGUCUUCACCGCCAACGUGGGACCGGCCGUUUUCGUGGCCCGAUCGCCGUCCUCCAUUCCGGUGGCCAUUCCCCUGCGAUCGCAGCCUCUGGUGCAGGCUCCGAGAUCCCGGGGAUUCGCGUACACAACGCAUGUGGAGCAGAGGUGGUGAGAACUUCUUGUUAACAGUUCAGUAUCUUUAGUUACUUUGGAAUGUAAACCAAUAAAUGUUUUUAAUUGUUAUUUA